AACAACAUGGCCUACGUCUUGGAGUGUCUAGCUCUCUUGGCCCUGUAUACAGGCCUGGCAACAAGCAACUGUCCUCUCCACGGCUGCACCCUGGCCUGUUCUUACAUAUCUGACGUUCAAUUUCUCUCACAGAGCCGUGAGCCCAGCCUCUCAUGGAGCUGGAAGGGUGAGAAUGGUAUCGGACCCUCCGGUGCUGGCUGUGUCACCAAUGGAUUUAGGAUAGUGUGUCCUGUGAUCAAUGAUGAUGGAACAUCAUUUCUGUUUUCCUGGGGCACAGCUGAUGUUGAUCGAAGGCCAUGGAACGUUUCCUUAAAGGGCAAUGCUGUGCUACCUACUGUGGAUUUUUCUGGAGACUUUAUAGGAUCUGACGGCCUCGUCCUAGUGGGGUAUGGUAGCACUGGUACUCCGUUUGGGGAACCUGUUAUCCUCUUCCCUGUGAACGGACAGCUGUUUGAUUUGACGCUCGUGGCCUCUAAGGUUGUUCUGCUCUACAAGUGUGGAUUCCUUGUGACGUAUUUUACAACUGGGAUCCCCGAUGCUAGCAUAUGGCUCAACGACACAGUGGAUGGGGAGAUGGGCACAUUCAUCCCUCUCAAUAAUCCUGCAGCACAGGGGAACAGAUUCUACAUUCUAACAGCGUUCAGGGCACAUUCCAAAACCUCAUUACAAACCAGUCUGAAGUUGAGGUUGUUUGCAAUCGAUAUAAACAAUUCCACUGUGUUGAGGAUUUCCAUUGCCUGGCACUAUGACUUCACCAUAACUAAUACGUCCCUACCUUACUUGGAGAGCAGUGAAACAAUGUGCACACUUCGACCUCCCCCCGAAGGUGUCAGGGCCAAUCAAAAUGGAAGGAAUUCUCUCGCCCAAGUGGCAGUCUCUGGUGAUAAUCUAGUGACUGUUUUAUUUCGAUACAGAGACCCGAAAAUCUUCGUUGAUCCUAACCUGUAUAAUCACUCUCGAAUGAUGAUAGUUGAAGAUAUGGGAAAGAUGUUCACUGUAAGAUUUAGUGGAGAUACACUAAACUCAUUUCAAGCCCUUGCUUUUAAAGAUGACUCCUCCUACUGGACUGCUUUUUACUACCUUCGAACAAAGCAAUCAACACUUCAACAACACAUGUUCCCCCGAGGGGAAAUGACGGCCGAUAUAAACAUUGCACAGUUACUGGGAGUAGGAAGCAAGCAAGUGAAUAUUACUAGUGAUUUAACAUUUCUGAAUAGAGAUGCAAGCUCUCCUCUCGUGUUUUGCGUGCUCGUGGAGAAUGCAGACUCUAAAUUAUUGGCCGUGGACGUUUCUAAUGAGAAGCUACUGUGGACUGUUAACUUAGGCUCUGAACUUUGCACCGGACAAAUUAGCUCGGUUGAUGGAUCUAAGGACUCUUUUCUAGUUGUGACCACCACUUCACAGUUGUUAGUGUACAGUUUAAAUUAGUUUUUGUGUAUGUGUUCAUUCCAAGACGAAUUUUCUCUAGAUCUA